CACUCUCACAUCACUCUCACAUCCUCAUUGGUGCUGAAAGAUCAAAACAACCGCCAAGAUGAUGACUAAACCACUGCUCCUCCUGGCUGUUCUGACUCUCUGCUGCUGCAUCGGCUCUAUGGAUGCUCUUCAGAGGAAUGGGUGUAGAUGCAUACGGACGAUCCCUAAUUCCAUACCUCGUCGGAUCAUCAGGAAAAUUGAGGUGAUUCCUAUUUCAGGACACUGUCGUCGGACUGAGAUCAUAAUCACCAGGAGGAACGGCUCUACAGUUUGUGUCAACCCAAGUGCGGAUUGGGUUAAAGUCCUGCUCCGCAAUUUGCAAAAGCCGGGCUGUAGCAAAGGAAGGGCUUCCUCUUGUGGUCGUCAGUUAUUGCGAUAAUGUGAAAAUGGGUACUCCGGCUCAACCAGUGGAGCUCCCCCUGCUUCCACAACUAACAUCUGAUCACAUUUUGUGGCAACAUUUUGACAUAACAAUGGCUUCAAUUUAAAUUGAUCAAGCUGUGAAUGAACAGUAGGAGGGCUGAGGUUCUCUUUUAUCGAUUGUCCUUUCUGGUGCUACCCUUUUGGAUAAAUGCUAAUAAUUACACAAUAAUACUGUCUUAGUGCUUCCUCGUAUGCCUGAAGUACUGACACUUUAACGGUGCUGAUUUAAGUAUAUGUGUUAUUGGGGAAAUCAUUAUUGCUGUAUGGAUACUCUUAAAUGAAAACAUUUUAAAUGUGUUUAUGUUGCCAUUUUAUUGUCAAAACACCCAAAUCUGUACUGUGAAGUAAAAUAGAGAAUGCUUUCCUGUUAAUUUGAAAACAAUGUAAAUCAAAUGCUUUGAUUUAUGUUUGCGAUGGUGCUGUAACCUCUGAUAUAUUUGUAUUGUACCCAUAACCAGAAUAAAACUCACAGACAAAAAAGACUCUUCAAAAAA